AUGGAUGCGGCACCCGUGUACAACGGGCUCGCCACACUGCUUCCAGUGGUAGAAGUAGAAGAGACUUCCUGGGUUGCGGUGACAAGUGUUGGUGCAGACGAGGGACUAGCGGGAGCCGAAGAUGCUGUCAAAACAUCGGUGGAGUGGCCGUUUCCAUUCAUCGAGUUGUCUUCCUCUUGGUGCUGGGCUUCGCUCGCACCAGCCACAGAAGAAAUAGACGCCCCAGUUGGUUCCGAGGAAUUGACCGACUGGUGGGUCACCUCCGAGGCUCCAGAGUUACCGCCAGAGUCACCGCCAGAGCUGCUUCCAGAGUUGCUUCCAGAGUUGCUUCCAGAGUUGCUUCCAGAGUUGCUUCCAGAGUUGCUUCCAGAGUUGCUUCCAGAGUUGCUUCCAGAGUUGCUGUCAGAGGUGCCCCCAGACUUGCUGCCAGAGGUGCUGCCGGAGUUGCUGCCAGAGGUGGCAGCAGAAACGGAUGAGCUUGGGACAGAUGUCACAGCAGAGCGGCUAGAUGGUCUCAAAGGGCGAAGGGAAAAGGAAGAAGACGGCCGAGACAACACAACCGAUGAAGCGAUUGGAGUGCUGGGUCGUGCGGAAGCAAGAGGUGCAGCUGUCGAGCCAGUCUGGGGAGUAACGUACAAUGAUACAGGGGUAGAGAAAGGAAUGGCAGUGCUUGAAGAAACCGCAUUAACUGAAGAGCUCUGCGAAGGAACAAAGACGGGGAUUGAAGAAAAUCGUGACAAUGAAGGAAUAGGAGAUGGCUUCACAAUUGCAACACUUGGAGACGAAAGACUUGCGGCGAAAGAAGAUGGCCUUGCGGAGGACGAUGAAGGGAUUGAGGAGCUGAUCGGAACUGCCGAAGAAGGGCUAGCAGAAGGCGAAGGUGUAGCGAUAGAUCCGUUGGGGGUGGUGAUCGCCAACACAGUGGAGGAGGCUUGUGGCGAAGAUGUUGGUACAGCAGUCGGAGUAAUUGUGCUUGUACUACAAGAUGUAGUUGGAACACCAUUGCUCAUUUGA